UCUCUUCCCGUCAUGCAGCGCUCUCGCCUCCUGCUCCUCCGUCGAGCCGCCAUGUUGUCGGAGUGAAAUCCUGGGGUGUCAGAGAGAAACUGGGGCCAAAAUCCGCGACCAUCCACCCUCUCCGCCGGCUGUGGUGGAAUGAGCAGUGUGUGUGUGUUGAAGAGGAAAGCAGUGCUCUGGCAGGAUUCCUUCAGCCCCCACCAUAGAACUACAUCUCCCAGCAUGCCCGUGGUGCUGAGCAGCGGAGGACAUGCCCCUCCAACGGGGCAGACCCCUCAGGCCACACCCCCCAGCCAGCAGGGUGUGGCGGGUGCUGGACGUUCCCAAGAUGAUGCCAUGGUAGACUAUUUCUUCCAGCGGCAGCACGGUGAACAGCCGGGAAAACAUCGCUGGCCCACUGGAGACAACAUCCAUGACAGCCAGGUUCGUUCCAUGGAUGAGUUGAACCACGACUUUCAGGCUCUGGCUUUAGAAGGACGUGUGAUGGGAGAGCAGCUGCUAACUGGUAAAAAGUUCUGGGAGACGGAUGACUCUGGAAAAGACGGACCAAAGGGAAUCUUCCUGGACCAGUGGAGGGACAGUGCAUGGGGGGCCUCAGAUCACUCGGUAUCUCAGCCAAUCAUGGUGUCUCGUCGGCCAGGCCAGGGUUUCCAUGGCGGAGGUGAAGUAGGGGUAGGCUCAGUGAUGUCACCGCGGUCUGAGAGUGGAGGUCUGGGAGUCAGUAUGGUGGAGUACGUCCUUUCCUCCUCACCAGCUGACAAGCUGGAUUCCUGCCUUCGAAAAGGACCAUAUGGGCAGAGGGAUGGAGAGGUGGAGGAAGAGAAGAGGGAGAAGCCAAAAGCGACAUUUGAGGCAGAGAAACUCAAGGAAUUGACAGAAAAUGAAGCAGACGUCAUCAGUGAUGUCAUCAACCCUAACGGACUGCCUGUGCAGAAUGGCCUUGAUGUGGAUGUCAAAGAGUUUGGUCGUCCCCCUGGCAGUAUGCCACCCCCGGGCCCUGAGGGCGAUCUGCUUGGGGGCCCUGGUGGUGUAGGACCUGAAGGCCUGACACCCUUGGGAGGUGGUGGAGGUCCCAAACCCCCUGAGGACUUCCCUGGUGUUGAACAGGGUGGAGUCACCAUGGACCCCAUGGAGUCAGUGAUGGAGCCGCUUCAAUUUGACUACAACUCCCAGAUGCCCAUGGACUCUGCACCCACUGUGGGUCUGUUUGAUUAUGCUAACCAGCAGCAGCAGCUGUUUCAGAGAAACAAUGCAUUAGCGGUGCAGCAGUUAACAGCAGCCCAGCAGCAGCAGUAUGCCUUGGCGGCAGCACAGCAGUCUCACAUUGGUCUGGCCCCAGCAUUUGUGCCCAAUCCUUACAUCAUCAGUGCUGCACCACCUGGGACUGACCCCUAUGCAGCCGGCCUAGCAGCAGCAGCAACACUUGGUCCAGCGGUGAUGCCUCCCCAAUACUAUGGUGUGACCCCCUGGGGGGUUUAUCCUGCCAACCUUUUCCAGCAGCAAGCUGCUGCAGCCAACAACUCGGCCAAUCAGCAGGCGGCCAACCAGGGCCAGCAGAACCAACAGCAGGUUAUGCGCGCUGGAGGCAACCAGAGACCCCUGACCCCCAGCCAAGGUCAGCAGGGUCAGCAGAAUGACCAGCUUGUCGCAGCAGCAGCAGUCAACUCAGCCCUUGCCUUCGGGCAGGGGUUAGCAGCCGGAGUCCCUGGCUAUCCAGUCCUGGCUCCUGCUGCCUACUAUGAUCAGACAGGAGCCUUGGUGGUGAACACUGGAGCUAGGAGUGGCCCUGUCCGCCUCAUGGCCCCUGCCUCUGUCAUCAUAUCUCCUUCUGCAGCACAAGCAGUUGCAGCUGCAGCAGCGUCGGCCGGUGGUGCCAAUGGUGGUCUUGGCGGUGGGGCCAACGGUCCAUUCCGUACCAUGACGUCCCAGCAGGCUCAGCAGCAGGGUGGCCCUGGUGGUGCUCUAGGGGGAAGUUCCUUCUACGGAUCCUCAUCCCUCAGCUCCUCCUCCCAGAGCUCGUCUCUUUUUUCACAAGGCUCUGCCCAGCCUGGGCCCGGGUCUGCCUCCUUGGGCUUCAGCCAGCCCAACUCCUCCUCCCUCGGUGCCACACUGGGGGCCACACUGGGAGGCUUCGGCACUGCAGUGGCCAACUCAAGUGGCGGCAGUGGGUCCAGACGGGACUCCCUGACGGGCAACAAUGAGCUGUACAAGCGCACGCCCUCCAGCCUCACCCCAAUUGGUCAUGGAGGCUUCUACAAUGGCACCUUGGGCUUCAGUCCAUCCCCUGGCCCUGUGGGCAUGCCUCUGCCAAACCAGGGACCCUCCCAUUCCCUCACACCCCCACCCUCUCUGUCCAAUCACAGCUCCUCAUCCAACCUCAAUCUUGGAGGCCUGACCAAUGGCAGUGGGCGCUUCAUUUCUGCUGCUCCAGGGGCAGAGGCCAAGUACCGCAGUGCUGCAAGUUCAGGCUCCUCCCUCUUCUCACCCAGCAGCCAACUGUUCCCGUCGUCACGGCUACGCUACGGCAUGUCGGACGUGAUGCCCUCAGGCCGCAGCCGCCUGCUCGAGGACUUCAGAAACAACCGCUACCCCAACCUUCAGCUCAGAGACAUUGCUGGCCACAUCAUGGAGUUCAGUCAGGACCAGCACGGCAGCAGGUUUAUUCAGUUGAAAUUGGAGCGAGCCAGUUCAGCUGAGCGUCAGCUUGUCUUCAGUGAAAUACUUCAGGCUGCUUACCAGCUUAUGGUGGACGUCUUUGGGAAUUAUGUCAUCCAGAAGUUUUUCGAGUUUGGCAGCCUGGACCAGAAGCUGGCGCUGGCGGAGAGGAUCCGAGGUCACGUGCUGUCUCUGGCCUUGCAGAUGUACGGCUGCAGGGUCAUUCAGAAAGCUCUGGAGUUCAUCCCCUCAGACCAGCAGGUCAUUAGCGAGAUGGUGCGCGAGCUGGAUGGCCAUGUGUUGAAGUGUGUGAAGGACCAGAAUGGUAACCACGUGGUGCAGAAGUGUAUCGAGUGUGUUCAGCCUCAUGCGCUGCACUUCAUCAUAGACGCCUUCAAGGGACAGGUAUUUGCCCUCUCCACUCACCCUUAUGGCUGCAGAGUCAUCCAGCGCAUUCUCGAACACUGCCUUCCUGAACAGACGCUGCCUAUACUAGAGGAGCUUCAUCAACACACGGAGCAGCUCGUGCAGGACCAGUAUGGCAACUAUGUGAUCCAGCACGUUUUGGAGCACGGCCGAGCUGAGGAUAAGAGCAAGAUCGUGGCUGAGAUCAGAGGGAACGUACUGGGACUUAGCCAGCACAAAUUUGCUAGUAAUGUGGUGGAGAAGUGCGUGACCCACGCGUCACGGGCUGAACGUGCAGUACUGAUAGAUGAAGUGUGCAGCCUGACCGAGGGCCCCCACAGUGCCUUAUACACUAUGAUGAAGGACCAGUACGCCAACUACGUGGUGCAGAAGAUGAUUGACGUCGCUGAGCCCACCCAGCGCAAGAUCGUAAUGCACAAGAUCAGGCCCCACAUCUCCACUCUGAGGAAGUACACCUAUGGAAAACACAUCCUGGCCAAGCUGGAAAAGUACUACAUGAAGAACGGCGUCGACCUGGGUCCUCUCUGUGGCCCGCCGAACGGCAUCAUGUAAACCAGUUCCCCCUCCCUCUCCUCCUCCCCCCUUCCUUGGCUUGAAGUAAGGCCCACCGCCUGAUAUGAUUCGCCCCUCACCCACUCUUCUGCACUUCAUCUGCCUAAUGCAGUCCUUGGUCCGUGUCAGAUGGCGUCGUGCCCACUGAGCGGACGUGAAUCACCACCAUAGCCGUUUCCACGAUGGCCCUCUUGGAGAAGACCAUUGCUAUAUGCAGCCUUAGAUUUUGUUACUCUUCCUCCUGAGCCCGCCACAGAAGGAGGACGGGCAGCGAGUGGGGGAAAAACAGAGGGGGAGACGUGCUCAAUUCAUCACUCCCCUUCAUUCUUUCUUUUUGAUUUUUUUUUCUGUUCGUCAUUUCUGAAAAACUGAAGAAGAAAAAAAAAAAUCACUUGACUUUUUGCUACUGCUGCUUCCUCAAUCCUAGUGCCCCCCUCUUCCUCCUCCCAUCCUAGCUAUUUACCACUAUGAGAUGAAACGAGUAUUUAAUUUGUCUGACUUCACAGAAUCAUAGACGAAUACACACACAUGCCAUCAGCUAACCAGCAGACACAGAUCAUUUAGCAUGGGAGAUUCGUUUUCUGGUCUUGCUUCUAUAAAUAUAACGUGUAUACUUGGUGUAGACCUUUGCAUAUAUAUAUAAAUAUAUAUAUAAAACUUUGUAGUUUUUUCUGGUUUUUGAUGUUGAAUCUGUAUCUAUAAUGUAUCCUAGUAGUGACCACAUACUUCUGACUGUAUAAUUGUACAUUUGUAAACCCUUGUAAUGUAAAAGUGCUUUACCACCCUUUUUGGUAUGAGAAGGAAAAAAAAAGAGAGGAAAAAAAAAAAGCUCACCCUGGAAAAAAUGUUAGAAAAAAAACCCUGUGCAUUUCAGUGUAUAUUCUCACCUCCUUGGUUGUGACAUAUGAGUUGUUGUAUAUUGUAAAUUGUAAUAUCAAAUUUUGGUUUUGAAAAGCCCUUUCUAUACAGCGUAGUACUUGUACAAAGAUUCGCCACGCUUGGUUUUAUCUUUAUCUUGUCACUGCUUAACUUAAGACGUCAAUCUCCCACUGACUCCCAAUCGGACAUGUUCUGUUAGACUUGGUGUUUUCAGAUUUGUGUUGAAGGUUUUUUGUUUUUCUUUGUCCUGUGUUUUUUUUUUGUUUUGUUUUUUUUUAAGAUCUCUUUUUUAUAAAGAAUGCAUUACCCCAUGAAAUGUGUCAUGUUGUGUAGGUAUGCUGGCUGGGUGGGAGAAGUAACUUUUACUCAUUUAAACUCCCCAAACCCCUCAGUUCUCCAUGACAGUUUUCAGGGGUAAACCCAUGGAUUGUACAGAGGAUAUUCUUGUGUUUUUUGGCAUUUCUCUAGUGCUGUAAGUGCUGUAUCAUACUGUCCAUGUUCUUUUGGGUGAGAAAGGCAGCCCGCCACAGCGCGGUGUAUAUUUGGAGCAGCCUUGUGUAUAUUUACUACGAGCACACCUGUAACCAUAUGUGUAUAGUUAACAGAACCUGUGUAUGCUUAUUGCCUGGGCAACUAUUUUUUGUAACUCCUGUUGUAGAUUGUCUCUAAACAAUUGUGUGAUCUUUAUUUUGAAACCAAACUGAACAAAAAAAACUUUGAAAAUUU